AGGUCAUUGCUUUUGACCAUGGUUCAAGUGGCGCCGGACACAACCGGCUCGAACGCUUGAACUAUAAGAGUCAAAAUAGCUGAGGGUAGGGUGAAGAAAACUCUCGAACCAAAUGGGCCCGUGUUGAAUGGCAACAUGAACAAUACAUGCAUGUGACAUGCCAACAUCCCCUCUGAAACCUCAAACUUCACUUCAGCCCAACUCCACUCCCCUCAGAUGAUGGAGGACGACGAGGAGCUGAACAAUGCUCUGAGGCUUCAGUUCCAAACGCUGCAGAAGCAGCAGGAGAUGAGGAAGAGGGAAAAGACGAGACUGAAGGAGCCGGACAAACCCGACAGGACCUUUGUUACUGGGGAUUUUGUGCAGCCUUAUGAACACAAAGGUCAGACGGAGGACAUCAAGUACAGGCUGUUGCAGGAUGAGAACGAGAAUCUGCUGGAGCAGAUCCGGCAGCUGAAGGAUGAGAACGGCCGUCUCUUUAAACUGGUGAACGAAAAGGAUUUUGAGAUAACACACCUGACAAAGAGGCGGGAGGAGGACCGACUGGCUCUGGCGGGAACAUCCGGCAUGGCGGGAGACGCGGCUGCCACCAAGAUUGUGGAGCUGUCCAAGAAGAAUAGAGAGCUGAGCGCCGAAAUCGGGCAGGAAAAGAUUAAACUGAGGCAGCAGAGCAAGCGAGUCAAAGAGCUGGAGAAAGAGCUGCAGGCCGCGCUCCUCGACUCACCGCUGCAGACCGACGGCAAAGCCAAGACCAGGCGCUCCAGCUGCGAGUCCAAGGAGGACAGUCCCGCCGUGAGGUCGCUGCAGGAGAAGCUGGCCGCCGCACAGCUCAAGGUCGCCGAGUAUCGGAACCAGGUGCAGUCGGUCAAGCAGGAGCUGAAGGUCGCCCAGAAGGUCUUGAUCAGCGAGGUGGGCGAGGAGGUCCAGCUUCAGCAGUUACUCAACGCUCCAGGGAGCUUCAGAGGGCGCUCACAGCAGAUCCUGGCUCUUCAGACCAGAGUGCGGGACCUGGAGCAGCAGCUGAGACAGGAGGAGGCGCCCCACAAACCUGCUCCAGACAGAAACCUCAGCCACAUUCGCAUGAUGGAGAAGGAGAAGCGCGAGAUGUUUGAGAGGCUCUCGGCAGAACAUGAAGCCCUGCUGAGGGAGCACGAGGAGCUCAAGAGGAAGCUGGAGGCCUCCAGAGCCCGGAACAAGUCUCUGGCCGCCGAAAUAAAGACGCUGAGAACGCAGAUCUCCACCCUCCUGGAUAAGGCCAAGCACGACGACGAGCUGGUGGCUGCUCUGCUGAAGCAGCAGAGCCAGAUGCAGGAAGUGCUGAAACAGUUCGGCCAGCAGCAGAACACGCAGAGCAAGCCGUCCGACCCAGAAGCCCACCGGGAGCCGGAGCGGCGGCCCAGCUGCGAGGCGCCCAUGAACAACAGCCUCAGCCAGAAGCUGAAGCAGACGGUGGCAGAGAAGGAGGAGAAGAUUAAGGAGCUGGAGGAGAAGCUGAUGCAGCUCUCCAUCAAGGAGCAGACGGCGGAGCGACACUGGCCAGCAGAGGGCGACAUCACCAAGGGAAUCACAUCCUCCGUGUCCGUCUCUAAAUUCGGUCACAAACUGGUUCUUCCUGCGGUGGGCGACAGCAUGGACCUGAACAGAAGCAGGUGCCCCCAGUGCCAGACCGACCUGAGCUGCCUGAUGACCCAGAGCCACGAGUACCAGAUCCUGGCCAUGGAGAGGGACCGGCUGCUGGACCAAGUCAGACGCCUGCAGACCAGAGAGAAGGAAGCGGGCCGUGAGGCGGCGCUGGACGCAGACCACGAGGAGCAGGGGAUACUGGGCGCAGACCAGGAAGCCAGAAAGGCUUGGAGGCUGGACGAAGGGCGCCCUCUGGAGACUCGGACUGGAGUUGCACGCUUGUAUCUCCUGGCUGUCAUUGGACGAUCCACUCUGAUGAUCGUGUUUCCUGGUGACCUGGCAACAGUUAAGAUGUUGAGCUAUUUGGACCAGACGAGAAUCACAUGACUCAAACAGAACGAGGCCAUUGGAUUAGACCUUUGUCAGUGGAUGCAAAUGAAGAUGUGUAACCAUGAUCAGAGAGUGAAUAUUAAUAAUAAUGCAGAGAUG